UUUAUUCAGGAUUUAAUUUCUUUCUAAGAAGAUUGCCUGGUUCUGAAUAACGGAUAUUCAUAAUUGCACUAAUUUUUGUUCAGUCAGGACUGGAACAGUUUCAUUUUGGUUCUAUGCUUCUUUUGUUUCAUACUUGUUCUCAAAUCCCUGUUUUAAUAAGUCAAAUUAAGGUUUUAACAAUAGAGGAAUGUGCUGUAUGCCUCUCCCACUUUCUUUCCAUUGCCUCUCCACCAAACACAUGAUUCAGAUCAAGCCCCCCCUUUGAGGCUAAGCUAAACAAACAUGCAGAGGAAGUACAAUUCUGGGCCAAAGUUCAUCCUCACACCUUACUCCUGUUCCUGGUCCAAUACCUAUGCUAGCCACCACUUUUAAAACAAGAAAAGGACUUGAAAACAUAAGCGCAAGACAUCGCUCACUCUUGGCAGUAAACCUUCACGAGUCUGCCUGCCAGAUCAGGAAUACAAACUGCACUGCUAAGGAUUUCUUCCACACUGCAAAACUUCAGGGCGUCAACAAGGACAAGACAAUGCUGCUGCAUCCUCAGAUCAGUGUCCUUGUUGCGUUUAUUUGGAGUCUCCCAUCACUUUCCCUGGCUGGAAAGAUCCUAGUGUACCCUGUGGAUGGAAGUCAUUGGCUUAACAUGAACAUUCUUCUACAAGAGCUUCAUCAGCGAGGUCAUAAACUGACAGUGGUCCGUUCAGCCAACAGUUGGUAUAUCCCAGAAAACGCCACCCACUACACAUCCAUAACCAUCCAAGUCAAUCACCUCAGCAGCCUGGAGGACCCCAAGUACAUGGCAUCCUUUCUGAAGAGGAAUAUUGACAUUCAAAGAGGAAAAGGCUCAAUUUGGUCAUUCCUAGCCCUGCAGAAAGAGAUAAUAACACUAUUAGAAGAGUCUCACAGGUCUACAGCUGAGAUGGUGAGGGUCGUCCUGGAGGAUGAAAAGCUUAUCAAAACACUUAAAGAGUCCAAGUAUGAUUUGAUGUUAACUGAUCCUGGUUUUGCAGGAGGGGUCAUAUUGGGUGCAUACUUGGGUCUGCCAAUGGUGUUCAACGUCCGAUGGAUUACAAACGCAGAAGGGCACUUUGCGAUCGCACCUUCGCCACUUUCCUACAUCCCGACUAUCGGAUCCAGAGUGACAGACAAAAUGAGCUUUGCAAACAAACUAAAAAAUAUCAUGCACUUCGGAAUUGGCCAAUACAUAGACCACAUGCUGACGAGGCCCCUGUAUCAAGGAGUUAUCAGUAAAUACAUAGACCCCAACACCAAUGUAUACGCUCUUAUCCAAGGAGCAGAUCUGUGGCUCAUGCGAGUCGAUUUUGUUUUCGAGUUUCCUCGUCCUACUAUGCCCAAUGUGGUCUACAUUGGGGGUUUCCAAUGCAAACCCUCCAAGCCUCUACCAGAUGAGCUAAAUAAGUUCGUCGAGAGCUCUGGAGAGCACGGGGUGGUCAUAAUGUCUUUGGGUACUCUUCUGGGAAGUCUGGUUCCUGACAUAUCUGAGAUUGUUGCCUCUGCCUUUGCUCAGUUGCCCCAAAAAGUAAUCUGGAGGCACGUUGGGGAAAAGCCAUCUACAUUGGGCAACAAUACACUUGUAGUGGAUUGGUUGCCUCAGAAUGACCUCUUGGGCCACCCUAAAACUAAAGCUUUUGUCACUCAUGGAGGAACGAAUGGAAUUUAUGAGGCUAUUUACCACGGAGUGCCCAUGCUCGGACUACCGCUCAUCUUCGACCAAUUUGACAACAUAAUUCGCCUGGAAGCCAGAGGGGUGGCUCGGAUGCUUGACGUCGCAACCCUAGAUGUUGAUAUCCUGACCCAAGCUUUGAAAGACAUCCUAGAUGAAAAACAAUCGUACCAGAAAAACAUGCGCAAGAUGUCAAGCCUGCAUCGCGACACACCACUCAAGCCAUUGGACAGUGCCAUCUUCUGGCUGGAGUUCGUCAUGAGGCAUAAGGGUGCAGCGCACUUGCGCACAGAGUCCUACAAGCUGCCUUGGUAUUCCUACCACUGCUUGGAUGUGCUAGCAUUAAUAAUGAGUUUGUGUACAGCAGCAGGUCUUCUCUUGAUCUUGAUAAGCAGAGCUUUGUUGAGAGCGUGUGUCAGGAAAAUAAAAGCUAAAAAAGAGUGAAGAGGCAACUUUGGAAACACUAGUUUUCCUUUUUUUUAUAUUAGUUAAGUGCCAUUAAAUUGUUUACCCAGAAAUGAAAAUUAUGUUAUUUAUUACUCACCGUCAUGAUGUUCCAAUCAUGUUGCUGAGUCCUUCAUUCAGGUUCGGAACACAAAUUAUUAUAUUUUAGAUAAAAUCCAAAAGUUUUCUGACCGUCCUUAUAUGGGACACUCCACAAACAUACAUUUUCACUUAUAAAAAAUGUGACGGGGUCUUACAUUUAAAUUUAAAAAAAUCAUACAAAAACAAGGCAUCAAAUCAUACAGUUCAUUGAUAGAACGCAUCCUUGAUCAUUGUCAGUUUCUCCAUCAAAGAUUGUCACUUCCAAGUCAUAGCCUUAAAGGUUUAUUACAUGCAUUGUAUGUUUAAUUUAAUGCAGAUUUGACAGGACUGACUGAAACAUGGGGGCAAUUGUAAAUUUAUUUGUAGGCUAUUAUAUAUUUGUAGUAUUUAUUUGUAGAAUUUAUUUAUAAUUUUAUGUGAAUGAUAGUUUAAACUUGCUAUUUUUGAAGUGUUUUUUAACAUUACAAAACUAUUAAAGCUGUAGGUUCAGUUGGGCUGAGAACAAGGACUAUGACAGUAUUUCUACGUUUGUAAAGUGAUUUUAAUAAAGAACAAAACUCUGAGAACCAAAUGAAGGACAUAUUCAUUUACAGAACAGCUUGCAGAAAUCAACUAUUAUUCCAUUCUAGAAAUUUUUGAGAUGAAAUACUUUUUACUCACUGACUAUUUGUUUUUAAUUUCAGAGACAGAUAAUGUACGUUUCUGGUAGAACGUCCCAUACAGCAAUGAUCAAAGUUUAGAAAAGGGACCAAAACAUUCUGUGACUAUUGGUUUAUUGGUAAACAUAUAAAGUUUCAAGAACAACUUUGUUCAUCAAUGUCAGGACACGGUGUGCAUUUACUAUGAGCAUUACAAUGCUUGCGCUGCUGACUCUAAUAAAAAUAGGUCAUACUGUAUUAAAUGGGCACCCUGGCUACCUGAUGCAGGAGAGAAGAUUAAGUCAUUUUUGUUUUUAUCUCAGGUGAUUGGAACAACAAUGACUCAUGAGUAAUUAAUAGCAGAAUUUGUAUUUUUGGGUAAACCGUCCUAUUUGAAGGAUGACACAGUGGCUCAAUGGUUACCACUGUGGCCUCACAGCAAGAAGGUCACUGGAUCGAGUCCCAGCUAGGCCAGUAGGCAUUUCUGUAUGGAAUUCGCAUGUUCUCCUAGUGUUGGUGUGGGGUUUUUUCCGGGUGUCCUGGUUGGUUGGUCUGACACAUUUGCAUGUGUAUGAAUGGAAGUCUAUAUGGAGAAAAGUCCAGUUUGACCACAACUUAAGAUUUUGAUUAGCUGGUUCAGGUGUGUCUAAUCAGAGUAAAAGCUAAAAUAUGCAAGACAGCAGUCCUAUCGGAGUAGGACUGGACAGCGUUUGCUUAAACUUUUAGGAAAUGUUCAUCUAUGGCAUGGGUCUCAAACUGGAUUCCUGGAGAGCCGCAGCUCUGCACAGUUUUGCUCCACCCUAACGAAACACAGCUGAUCCAACUAAUCAAAGCGUUCAAGACCACUAGAAACUAUUAUGCAGGUGCGAGUUGAAGGUGGUUGGAGCUAAACAUUGCAGAGCUUUAACCCCUAGGAAUUGAGGGCGUACUCACACUAUGUACAGUUGCCUUGAACCAGGCCAAAGCACGCUUGUCCCCCUUCCUGUCUCCCCCGAUGGUCCAGACUCGCAUUACAUUCGGGGCCUGGGCAUGCAUACGUCAUCGAUUAUGCGCUGGUUAGAGGCGCUCUCGCACAGCACAAUGGAGAUUUCUUUAGUUAUAUCGUCGUUUGAUUUGCAGUGACACGCAGUCAAAUAUUUCACCGAACAGAUCAGCCACUUUUGACGCUCAUAAUCAUAAAGACCUCGUGCUGCAGGAAUGAGUAGGUUUGCUAAAGGUGCAGCUGUUGUGCAGUAAGGGGUUUGCGUCUUUAUUAAACUACAACAGUUUGCGAUCAUUGAACAGAAAAAAAAGAUUAAUAAACCCAUAAGAAACAGUUCCUUAAAAGUCAAAUCUCGCUUUUAGUUUCGGGCUCUGGCACAUUUUGUACUUACGCAAGCGUACUGCGCCAAAGCCCAAGUAAACCGCGCUCACACCUAAUUCAGAGCACUCACACUUCUCAAGCGAUCCGGGAAACGGGCCUGGACGCAGUUCGAACAGCAUAGUGUGAGUAGGCCCUGAGUUUGAGACUACUGAUCUAUGGAAAUUUUUUAGGUUUAUGAAAAAUGUUUGUCGGCUAAUGUGUUGCUAACAGUGUUGUUGUUGUUUUCUGUUUAAAAAAAAAAAGGAACUGCAACAGAUUGUGUUUUUCAGUUUGUUUUAUUGAUUUGUACAGACAUUGAAUGAACCAGCUGUCUAUUUUGCACGUAAAUAUUUCACUUAACACAACCACCGGCAUGGUCAACAAAAAUAAAAUGAGUCAAAAAUCAGAGUCAUAAUGCGACAGAUGGCCGAUGCUGCUGAUGCUCCUACAUUUUGGAAUGGUGUGUUACUAUAUAUGGUUACAAUAGGUGAAAUACUUGAGAGAGAGUAAAAAAUAAAGUGCUCCGUCUUCA